AUGCUACAGAGCCACCGUUCGCAAUCCCCUCGUGCACCCGUGACCCUGUUAGCUCAUCUGAUAGCAGGUUCAGGGGCUCUGUUGAUGUUACCUUGUUUGGACAGCAAAGUGGGCACGUUGCGGCCGACUUUGCAUAUUCCAACAGCUCUUUGCCAGAGCGAAUACGCGCCGUUGCAGACAUUGGGUUGGGCUCAACGCCGUGCAAUCGGCCUGAACCUGCAACCUCUGUGCGCAGAAGGAGACUGCGCCCAGGUCAACGUGCUGGAAUCAAAUGAGGAGCCGAUGGGGUGGAAGGGAGGUGCGUAUAGCGUGCAUUCGGUGUCAUGA